AUGUCUGCUCCUUUCAGCUGGGAGAAACAGUACAAAAGAACAUGGGAAAACCUCAACGAGGACGAAGAAAAAAACGUAUCACUCGAGAAGAAACUUCAUCACACGUAUGCACCGUACAAAAAGGGCAUAAUAAGGCAUUUUCACAUCAUCAUAGAUUCAUCUGCAUCGAUCGAGCUGAACGAUUUUCUUCCCUCAUUCCGGUACCACGUAACGACCAAGCUGAACCAUUUUAUCAAAAAGUUUUACGAUGAAAAUCCGAUUUCUAUUCUCAGCUUACUCAUAUAUCGGAACAACAGAUGCGAAAAUUACAUCGUGCUGGACAGGAUGUCUGAAACUGAGAACUUUUUUGGCGUGGCAGGGACAGGUGAGUUUUCGCUGAUGAACAGCUUGAAUGUUUCGCUUGAUUUUCUCAGCAGGGACGACCAUAUAAAAGAAAUUUUGGUAGUUACCGGCUCGUUAUAUACGAUAGACUUCGAAGAGAUGCGUGCAUUUAGAGAUAUAAAGGUACAUUUUAUAGCACUUAGGGCAGAGGUGUACUUUUUUAAGAAUAUUGCACAGAAGACACACGGCAAGUACUACGUGCCCGUUGAAGUAUCUGAUAUUUCCCUUUUUCUUGAGUCGUUUUGCAUGCCCAAUUCGAUUAACUCUAGUUCGGCACUCAACCUGCUCAAGCUCGGGUUUCCACAGGCUUUAACGGGCGAUUUGGUCUGUGCGUGCUGUUUCAGGUGCAGCAAAAAAGGCUAUGAAUGCCCGGUGUGCCACACUAAGGUAUGCAACCUGCCCAUCAAAUGCCCUAUUUGUAAGACACAGCUGGUCACGUCGAAUAUUCUCUCACAAUCGCUAUACUACUGUUAUCCCCUAGAAGACUUCGAGAAAAGCAACGGGGUGUGCAGGGUAUGCGGUGGUGAUGGGAGCGACCAAUGUAAAAAGUGUAUGAGUGUUUAUUGCGAGGGCUGUUGCUAUUUCAUACACAAUGAUCUCUACUUUUGCAUUUAUUGUGAUUGA